AUGGACAAUAAUUAUAAGGUUGAUCAAAGAAAGCUGAAGAAUAAUUGUUUGAAGAGAUUGGCUCAUUUCUUUUCCAAUGGUGAGAACGUCCGAUAUAACGACGGCUUAAUGGACCCUAUUACAAUAUUGGGAGCUGCAAGCUCAGCAAUUGGUAUUGCAAGUUUUGGCGUCCAACUGGUACAAAUCCUGAGAAAGUACGCGACUGAUGCUGGCGCAGCGGCUCAGAAUCUCAAAGCAACAUUAAGAAACAUUGAUGCUGCAAGUGUGUCCUUUGAAUACGUCAAUCAUUUUCUGGAACAGGAAACCGAGCGCUUAAAGUUAGGACAAAAGGCGACACUUAAUGCGCGCGGAAUCAGACACAUUCAAGGUAUCGCAGACGAUUGUUUAAAGAUAUUUUGGAGAGUGGAGGCAUGGGUCUUGCACAAGGACGUCUCAAACGAACUGGAGCUCAAGGUUGCCAAUAGGCUGAAUGAAUACAAAGAGGAUGUAAAAUUUGAUCCAACAAGGCCUUCGCAACUCCUUAAAGUCGAUGAAACUUCAGCGAAAGUCCGCAAACUCAGAGAAUCGUGGAUAAAACGAUACCUGUCCCCGUUACAAACACAUAAGCUUCUUCAAUAUGCAACAGAACUUCAUCAACUUCAAGCGAGUUUGAAUCUGCUUUUCACAGUUAUCAGCGUCAGAUUGAAUGGGCCUCGAUCAGGACCAAGCUCUAUCAAUGCCAUGUAUGCUGCGCCAUAUGACAUGAAUUCACGUGGUAUCGAGCAAGUAGUUGGAAUGCGCCCAGAAGCGACAAACUAUACGUUUCAUCCUAGAAUGAAUGGUUACGAACCCGAACAUUUGAUCAAUCGGUUCAUCAAUCAAACCGACAGAAAACAUCUUAUCCCUGUAGCCAGUGGGAUACGAUAUGUUGAUAAUCGUUCUACCCAUAUUCCACAGAAUUUCUUUCAAUAUCCCGAGCUAAAUCGAAGAGAAAACACAUCCUUUCGCAGAGUCAUUCCUCCAGCUGUUCCAGAUGAUCCGCUGAACUCUGUUUUGAAAAUGAAUGACGGGGUCGAGAGCAGCUUUCUGCAAAGCCAAGAAUCCAAGGGGAAAACAAAUGCCAGAUUUAUCCACAAAUCGACAACCGAAUAUGCAGUGAACUCUGUCAAUGAAACAUUAGAUGCAGCUAAGAGUUAUAUGGCACAUCAUGAUGCUGAAGCGAGACUGAAACCUGAACUCAUGAGUGAUAUAGGAAAUUGUGAAGCGAAGACAUAUUCAGAUCAUUUUAUGCUAGCCGGAAAGACAAGAGACAUGGACAAUCUUUCCACAGUGGCCCAGCAAAGGCGCGAACGCCUGAGCCCCGGAGCCUCCGCCCAACCUUGGCGUCCAAAGGUUUCUUCUAGUAACAAUCAAGGAAUUGUUCCAUCACGGGCUUUUCAGGCGCCAUCGACCAACUACCAAGUUGGCCGCAAUGAAGCUAGCAACGUUCCGAAGCCAUUGAUGGGGACCAACAUCAUUGAAGUAAAAGAUAAAACGACGGAUCCGCGCAACAAAGUAGGACAGAGUGUGCCAUUGCAAGCUCCUAGUCUGCAUACCAAACAGCUUCAGCCAGAAAAAACGCUUAAUCUGAAACCAAAUAUGUCCGUUUUGGAGAAUCUAAAGCAGAAUCCUGGUUCACUUCAUGAUACUUCUGAGGAUCUCAUCGAUUUUGGUGACAAUAUCACAACACAGCAACCAAUGACUGCGGUCGCCAUUGAUGAGGUAAGCCAAGCGCAAAACUUAGGCUCACAAGCCGUUCAGUAUGACCUGCUUUCUGGAGAUCUAGAUGAACACCGGCCAGGAAUGAUAGGAGAGUUGGAGAAUUCUAUCAUGCCGAAAACAUGCUUUUACGUCACACCUCCUAGGGAUAAAAUCAUCCCUCAAAGCAGAGCAGCAGACGCAUCAAUAGAAACUUCAUCCUCAUCAUCUACUAACCGUCGCUCUCAACAGAAUAUCGAAACUAAUUCAGUGAAGAUACCCAAACAGCGAAAGGAAUUAUUAUUCGAUAAUUCAAACCCGAAUUGUUCGCCGUCGUCGAAUUUCACAAAACUCCCCACCAAUUAUCCGGCAUCUCAAAUAUCCAAUCCUUUGAGCGAAUUUAGAUGUUCUGAGGCUGGCACUAACCAACCAUCGAAGAGCAAGCUUUCAAAGCACAGCUUUAUCAAGAGCGGUAGCUUCAAACAUAUUUUCAGACGCAAUAAUUUUGCCGAGGAUGACAUAGGCAGGAUGAUUCCAGAAGGUACCUUUCUUACUGCAUUUUUCAGCAAGGGUCAGAGCUAUCAGCAGAUACCUACUGUUAGAAAUUUCAAAUUACGCAAAUCAGAGAUCGAGCGGAUGCUGUCGCAAACUCCCCAGCAGGAUUGGUGGAAGGAAUUUUGCUUUCUUGAAUCGGCCGAGACCGCUAGUCUGACCCUGGUUUUGAAACCUCAGGAAAAUUAUAUGAAAGCGCUCAUAAGCCUCAAGGGAGUGAAGAAACAUUCCAGUCGCUUGUGGUCGCGGAGCGAAAAGGGCCAUAUCGCUAUCAUCAUUAACAAGCCUCUGACUGACCUUGAUAUGGCGCCAGAUUUCGGCCUCGACUGCAGAUCUGCACCAACUCGAGCAGACACGAGAGACAGUAGUAAUGGUAAUGCUCUGGGUCUCCAGCAGCUUGGGGAACUCAUCUCACGAGCUAUGGACGAUAGAGAUUGUCUUUAUUGUGCAUAUACAAUUCACCCAGCACUCAUUGAAACUUCGUUUCAAUCGCCUGAUUGGGUAAACACUCACAAAGUCAAACAGCAUUUCUCAGGAAGACACAUACUUGGAAGAAUUUUAGAGCUAAGCAAAAGUAGUGGGACAGUCAUUGCGGAACUUUUGGAUCUCACAGUACCACAGCAGAAACAGGUUCAAAAGAUAGUCGACUCAAAUAACGAAGUCAAUAGUAGCAUCAUAUGGACCCUUGCGCAGCUCGAAGUCGUCUAUGGGAAGUGUUUGAGCCCUACAAGUGACGGCGUCCUAUCAAUCACAAUAUACCUUGUGGGUGCUUCAAAUGAAUCAGAAGAUAACACUUCAAGAUCGGAGAAGAGUGGUUGGACUAUGAGUUCCUCAUCAACGUUGAAAGACAGAGGUGCCGAUUAUAUCCAAACAACUUCGAGUCUUAAGAACGUUGAUUUUACAAAAUCGUUGAAAUCUCCUCCAACAACAUCCCUGGAAUUUAUGACCCCGGCACUAAAGACACGGAACCUAUGCUUCCGAGCUCCCCCAAGUCAUCGAGAAGUACUUCAUAUCCCAACAAAUGCGAAUGCUGCUGCUAUCAAGAAGGCGUAUCUCUUAUUACGCAAGGCCUCCUAUCCGACAUCAAGCCCCUCGGACUUUUAUGCUAGGAGACGCUUCGUUACUGAGGCCUACAGAACCUUGGGGGCGCCCAACAGACGUGAAGCUUACGACAGAGAACACAACUACAACCAACCACAGCCAGAAAGACAGACGAUUUUCCCAAUGUUAAACAACAAUCCAUCAGCAAGGUUGAAAAGAACAAAAUCCUGGGACGAAAAUUACGGAGAUAGAGAUGAUGUGAGUGAUGAUGAGAGCUACAAUGGUAGGCGGCACGUGAGCUUUGCAGAAAGUCCUAGAAUAUCUCUACGACGGAGAAUGGGGAAUCCUGAGCUUUACGAAUCAAAUAGUCAUUCCAGCUCAGAUGAUGAACCUCCAAAACGAACUCAUGGGGUGGGAAGAGUACCCCACCGAAGGUUUCCUCAAUCACUUGUCAAAGACCGGGGCAGAAAUUCAACAUAUGAUGAUCAUCCAAGACAUGGAUUGCCUAGAAGAUACUAUAGAUCAAGGUCCCCACCGCUCGAAAGCAGCUCAUCAGAUAACGAUUCAAGAUCACAUUCACCGUUGAGAACCUCGUUUCGUGGUAGGAAUACCACCAAUCCUUUCAUGAGAAAAUCCACAACAUAUGGUCCUCGUACAAAUCCAUUUGCUAGAAGAAGUCCGGCAAGGCCCUCAUCUCCAAGAAGUGAAGCAUCAUCUGAUGAUUCGAGGCUGUCAUCACCAGAAAUAGGUUCCUUACACCAGUAUAACAAUCAAUCUGCACAUUCAUUUGCUGAAAGAGCCUCUGCGCCCAAUCGUCGACCAAGCAACUCCCCUCUUAGAAGAGCGGCCUCGGUAGCAAGACCUGUGUCUGACAGUAUCAACUGGAGACAAAGAUAUGAAACGAACCAUAAAGUACCUCAGCCGGAAACCUUUAGUGGAGCUUACAAUGAUUGGAGCAGGUCCAGAAGACUCCAACCACCAUCACCUCAGCCAUCACCUCAGCUAACUUCUUAUAAUUUCGCAUCCCACCAAUUUUUACAGGAGCCUGUCAUUCCAUUCGAUCGAAGACCAGCAUAUUAUCCUGAUCACUAUGAUGGCAAAUCAUACAAUCCCUAUGGAUCAUCAGGAACCGAUUGUGCUGACGACAAUAUUGUGCAACAGCUCUUACUGGAAUGGACACCAGCAGGCGAAGAGGCUGAGGCAGCAGCAGUGCAGAACACAGACGAGAACAAUCAUUCAAAUGCAAAUCGAUGUUUCAACAAUACGUAUGAUACAAGCUCUGGAGUUAAGAGUAAAAGCCGACAUACGGUCCAGGAACAAGUCGAGAGAACUGAGAUACCUGAUGCCACGAAGAUGAAUGUCAAAGGUGGAAGACGACCAAUGGCAACAGUGGAGGACGAUGCUGGAGAUUUUUCAGAUUUUGAAAACCCUCCAUUUGUUCCGCGGCGUGCGAUGACUAAUUUUUUUUGA